GCACUGAUUUGAAUGCUUUGACAAUAAUUCAAUUCUUGUAAAGUUUCAUCUCUGAUCUAUGCAUGUGCAAUGGCAUAUUAGUGGUUGAAAAGGCAAUGGAAGCAGUGGAUGCUGAAGAUCCCCAGCCUACUUGUGGUACUUUAUUGCAGCAGCUGCAGAAAUUAUGGGAUGAGGUUGGUGAAAGUGAUGAAGAGAGGGAUAAGAUGCUUCUUGAGUUGGAACAAGAGUGUUUUGAUGUAUACAAGAGAAAGAUCAGCUGUGCAGUGAAGUGUAGGGCUAAACUUCUUCAGGAACUUGCAGAUGCCAAAGAUGAACUCUCCAGUCUUCAAGCAUCACUUGGAGAGAUGACAUGCAAUAAUGGGAUUAUCCCAGAUAAAACUUCAAGAACAAUCAAGGAACAGCUUGCAGCUAUAGAACCUGCACUUGAGAAACUGUGGAAACAGAAAGGGGAGAGGGUAAAGGAGUUCUUUGAUGUACAAUCACAAAUUCAAAAGAUAAGGAAUGAGAUAUCGGGGACUAGUGACCAGCCGGAGAGUGUGAAAGUAGAUGAGUCUGAUUUAUCCCAGAAAAAGUUAGAUGAAUUUGGUGUUCAGCUUCAAGAACUUCAAAAAGAAAAGAGUGAGAGAUUGCGCAAGGUUCUUGAGUUUGUGAGCACAGUGCAGAAUCUUUGUGCAGUCCUCGGGGUGGAUUUCUUAUCGACGGUUUCUGAAGUUCAUCCUAGCUUGAAUGAUUCAACUGGCACACAAUCGAAAAGCAUAAGCAACGACACAUUGUUAAGGUUGGCAAAGACAGUCUCGGUUUUAAAGGAAGAUAAGCAGCAGAGAUUGCAAAAGCUUCAAGAAUUAGGAGCUGAGCUGAUUGAUCUUUGGAAUCUGAUGGAAACCCCAGAAGAAGAAAGAAGUGUCUUUGAUCAUGUUACUUGCAAUGUAUCAGCUUCAAUCGAUGAAGUGAUCGGUCCCGGUUCUCUUGCUCAAGAUCUAAUUCAACAGAUUGCAGUGGAAGUUGAAAGGCUUGAUAAGCUGAAGUCUAGUAGGAUGAAGGAGAUUUCUCUAGAAAGGCAGGCUGAACUCGAACAUAUUUUUGCCCGUGCUCACAUUGAGAUUGAUACCGAGGCUGCUAGAGAAGAAAUCAUGGCACUAACCGAGUCUGGUAAUAUUGAGCCCGCUGAGUUAUUGGCUAAGAUGGAUGAUCAGAUAGCGAAAGCGAAAGAAGAGGCUUCAAGCAGAAGAGAAAUAUUGGAUAAAAUCGAGAAAUGGAUGUUUGCUUGUGAAGAAGAGUGUUGGCUUGAUGACUAUAAUAGGGACAAGAACAGGUACAAUGCAUGCAGAGGUGCCCACUUGAACUUAAAACAUGCUGAAAAGGCUAGGAUUCUGGUCAGCAAAAUUCCAGCUAUUGUUGAGUCCUUGGUUAACAAGACCCAGGCAUGGGAACAAGAUCGCGGCACAACUUUCACUUACGACGGCGUUCCCCUGCUCGCCAUGUUAGAUGAGUACAUGAUGCUCAGACAUGACAGAGAAGAACACAAAAGAAGGUUCAGGGAACAAAAGAUGAGCAAUUGUGGUUUCAGUCCUGGACAACCUAGUACAAAGAAAGCAAAUGGGAGCUCCAAUGGAGCUGCUCCCAGCAGAAGACUGUCCCUCAGGGGUUGCUAUCAAAAUGGAUCUUCUAGGUCAACUAAUAAAGAUGGGAAGAGAGAUACAAGGCCGGUUGCUCCGGUGAACUAUGUGGCCAUAUCAAAAGAGGGUACAACUUAACCUCACUCAGAGCCAUAGUCACUGAACAAGAAACUUCAAUAUCUCUUACAAAUGUAAAAAGGGAAACAUGAAUCGUGUGACAAACGUAAGGAAUCUUAAGAACCUCAACUAAGCCGUGGAUGCAAUAUACUCUAUGUCUGUCUGUC